AUGGCCCAGCCAAUCUUCAAAUAUUUUUCCUCAGAGACUUAUAGACAAAACGUAAAGAACGGUACUGAGUCCUAUUUACAAGUAGUGAGCUCAUGGGUACCAUUCGAUAAGAACAAUAUUGUUGGAUAUUUAGCAGCUUCGGUUUACCAGAGCUAUGCUGCUAUUUACGGAGGAGGCUGGAUUACGUCUUUUGAUACAAACGCCAUGGUUAUUAUGGUUUUCUUUAGAUCUGAAUUGGAGCUUUUAAGGCGAGAUUCUGGCGAAAUAUUUGGGAAGGAAUCAAUGCCUAUUGAUGAUGGAAUUAUAAUGAAAAAAUUUAAAGAUUGUCAUAGACGACACGUUGAUUUCGUCGAGUACGCCCGUGUCUUCGACUCAUGUUUAUCACCUAUAAUGUUGUUGUAUAUGUUCGUGUGCUCUGUCAUGCUCUGUGUCACUGCUUAUCAAAUAACGAUAGAAACAAGUCCUAUGCAGAGAUUCCUAACAACAGAAUAUUUAGUGUUCGGCGUGGCUCAGUUGUUUAUUUACUGUUGGCACAGUAAUGACGUUCUGGUUGCAAGUCAAGAUGUAAUGCGUGGUCCUUAUGAAAGUGCCUGGUGGGCAAGAGAUAUAAAAUACCGCAAGGACUUGUACAUACUAAUAGGCCAGUUCAGUAAAAAUGUAGUAUUUUCCGCUGGACCAUUUGCAAAGUUGACGGUGGCUACAUUUAUUAAUUUGCUCAAAGUACAGAAUGUUCAUACUGGGCUAAAUUACUACGCGCUACUGACGCGCGUGAUUUACAUUGAUGCAUUAAUAUGGUGGGCUGCAAGCUGA